AUGGGAUCUGCCACCCCGAGUGCGGCUGGGGUGGCGGAUCUUCAGGUGAUCCUUAUUUCCUAUGAAUUCAACACCAGGAAGUUUUCAAUGCUCAUCACCAGACGCAGCGUCCUACCACAGCUUCAACAGCAGGCAGCACUCGGACACUGCCGACAACUAGUCCCCUUAGUGUGUGUGCUGGGAGGACCUGAGCCACCUCCACCCCACCCUGCCCUGACACACUGGAUCCCCACCAAACCUCUCCCUGCCCCUCUCUGUGGGGGAGGAGGAGGUCUGCGCCCCGCCCGCCCCGGCCCAAUCACCUUCAGGCUUGGGGCAAAGGGUGCGCUGCGGCUGCCCCGCCCUGACCUGAAGGGCUUCCUGCCACAGGAGGAGGAGGAGGAGGAGGAGGAGGAGGAGAAAGAGGCGCGGGUGCCCCCCCGGGGGACACGACAGCGGCGACGACGAGCCCCCCGUCCUGCACCCCCCGGCCCCCGAGCCCCGCCCCACCCACCAUCAGCCACACCAGUCCCUACCACAGCCUCCGUCCCCCGCCCCACACCAGGAGCGACUCAGAGCUGCCCUCCGCUGCGCCCCCUGCUCCCCCUAAAGCAGCAGCAGCAGCAGCAGCAACAGCCACAGCAGGUGUACAGCUGGCCCUACCCUCCACAACCACAGCAGUUCCAGUACCCUUAUGAUGCAGCUGAGGGGACUGACACUGCCACCACCACCACCACCACCGCCACAACAAGGGUUAUUCAGGUGUUGCCCCAAUAUGCUUCAACCCCACAGCCCCACUCCCCCAUGACAGUGCAGGCAGGGAAUGUCAUACAGGUUGUUCCAGGGAGGUGGAGGUGGGCCACACACACCUGGGUUACCUGUGGCUUGGCUGAUCUCCCUCCUCCAGCAGGAAAAGCGUACCAGCCAGCCUGCCCACCACACCCAAGUCAACAACCACUCUGUCGUCACUGCAGAAAAACACAAUCAACAUGACCCGUUCUCCCCUAAGACUCAAAGGGUUCUCAAUGCAACACUGCUGAUUUCAAGAUACUGACAAGAACUGACUGUCACCUUGCUAUGUCCAACAGGAAAAGCGUACCAGCCAGCCUGCCCACCACACCCAAGUCAACAACCACUCUGUCGUCACUGCAGAAAAACACAAUCAACAUGACCCGUUCUCCCCUAAGAUGACUAUGUUGGUAACAGAACUCUGGCAGGAAGAGGUGACAUUGCCUCGGACAUUCAGAGUGAGGGAGACCUUUGCAGAGGACACAGAAGAGGUGAACCAGGCCAACACAAGACAGAUGGGAUGCAAGAACACUGUUGACACAUCAAUACUUCAUACAAGGCAAUAAAGCGGCUACCACCACCAUGACCACCAUGACCACCACCACCACCAUGACCACCGCCACCACCACCACCACCACCACCACCACCACCACCACCACCACCACCACCACAGCACUCAGCGUGGCACAGAAGGAACAGAGCCAGGCGGAAAACAAGGACUAAGAUCCACUGCCACUUCCAAAUAAGAGGUGAACCAGGCCAACACAAGACAGAUGGGAUGCAAGAACACUGUUGACACAUCAAUACUUCAUACAAGGCAAUAAAGCGGCUACCACCACCAUGACCACCAUGACCACCACCACCACCAUGACCACCGCCACCACCACCACCACCACCACCACCACCACCACCACCACCACCACCACCACAGCACUCAGCGUGGCACAGAAGGAACAGAGCCAGGCGGAAAACAAGGACUAAGAUCCACUGCCACU